AUGGCGUCCGCCGGAGCCGGCUCCCUGGGCCUCCUGGCCUGGCUGCUGCUACUUCAGCCCUGGCUCUGCCAGGCCAGGCUUGUCCUUGAGAUAAUUUUCGAAUAUGUGGUGAAGAUAGGAGACACAGAUGUGCAUCAUCUGUCCAGAUCUUCAGUCAUUGUCCCAGUUGAAGACAUUGUUAUCCAUGAAGAUUUUAAUUAUGUUACAAUUGAAAAUGACAUCGCCCUUGCUCUGCUAGCCUUCCCUGUGAAUUACUCCACACACAUCCAGCCUGUGUGCUUCCCUGACAAGACUUUCAUGGUGAAAACUGAUACUCCAUGCUGGGUGACUGGAUGGGGCAGACUCACGGAGAAAGCUACGACAAUGCCAAAUAAGCUUCAGGAGGCUGAGCUACACAUUAUUCGUCGUGAGAAAUGUUUGGAGAUACUUGAGAAAAAGACGGGGCGUAACUUUAUCUUGGGAAAUGCUGUUUGUGCCUAUGCUGAAGGAAAAGAUUCCUGCAAGGGAGAUUCUGGGGGACCCCUGGUCUGUGAAUUAAAUGAUACCUGGAUCCAGGUCGGGAUUGUGAGUUGGGGCCUUGGCUGUGCUAAGAAAGGAUUUCCAGGAAUUUAUACGGAAGUUAGUUUCUAUAAGGACUGGAUCAUUGCUCACAUGAGUCAAGCUUCCUGUCUGAACUCAGUAGGCUUCCUUGUUCUAAUCCUGUGUCUGGUGCUGCCUCUGGACAUCCUGGUGACACUAUGA